AUGAGGAGUUCAAUAAAAACAGCAAAACAGAGAAUUUUGUCUCUGGUGUCCAGUAGCUUUCUUCUCUUUACAUUAACGUCUCUAGACUUUCUAUCUUUUGGAGGGAAGAUGCUGAGCUCUGAAAAGAGUUAUAGUAAUAAUGUUGGAAAUGUGAGUGCCACUAUGUUUUUGUAUUCAACCAUAGCAGCGCAGUUUGUGUUUGGCAUAUUUAGUGGGUUAGGAGGUGUUUGUGCAGGAGCAAUAUUUGAGGCGCAAAAGGAUACUCGCAAGAUUCAUGAGCUAUGCUUCAAAAUGUCUUCUUCUCUUGGGGAGGAAAUAUCCACCACAUAUGCAUGCAUCUUCCUUAGCACUGCCCUGUUUGCUCUGUUUUCCUAUAUUCUCAAAAGAUUUAGAAUUGGAAACAGCCUCAGAUACAUCCCGGUGUCUGCCUUGUAUGGUGUUAUGGUGUCGAUAGGAAUAAUGUCUAUUGAGUGUGGAUAUGAGGAAAUAUAUUCGAUUACAUGGAAACAUGUCCACUGGUGCUUUGGAGUGGCUGUAGGGCUUGCGCUCUCGGCAGUGGCUCUGGAUGUCAUGUUUCCUACAUACUUCCUGAUUAUUCCUGCGUUUUCUCUCGGCAUCUUUACGGCGUUCUAUAUUGUCUUUGGAAUUGCAGGAAAAGAUACGGAGUGGAUGAGAUCUGUGGGACUGAUCCCAAGGAGGGAAGACAUUGUUCUUGGCUCCUUUGAAACCCUCGGGCUUCUCAAGAUAGGAAAUAUAAAUGUGGAGGCCAUCAAAGCCAAUCUGAUGAAUAUCCUUGGGCUGUCUCUAUUCAACCUAGUUCAUAUUGCUGUGAAUGUGCCGAGUUUUGCAGAGACAUUUGGGAUGAAAGUAGACUUAAACAAGGAGCUUGGGGCACAGGCGGUUGGGAACAUUGUGUCUGCAUUUCUUGGAUACCCGACCUACUUUAUUUGUUCGACAUCUAUCUAUUUCAACAAAUCCGGAGGAAGGAGUAGAGUUCAUUCUCUUGUAGGCGCUGUUGUGAUAUCCUCUCUAUUAGCUAUUGGAAGGCCGAUAAGAGAGAGCAUCCCUCUCAUUCUUUCUGGAACCAUCCCCAUGUUCAUAGGGUUUGGCUUCCUCUACUCAUAUCUAUGGCUUCCCAUGUUCAAACUGUCAUGGAUGGACCUUCUGACCCUAGUGAUGUCUGCCCUUGUGUCUUGGUACAUAACGCCCAUAUCUGGCCUUUUGUUUGGAAUGGUUAUCAACCUUGCUUACAUCCUAGGAUUUUCUCUGCGAACAAGCAAAUCAGACAGUACAAGAAUAAGUCUCGAGUUAAAAGAUGUGAAGUCAACAAGCGAAGUGGUGGAAGGGGAGGUAUACAGGACUGUAGAUCUCAGCUCUUUGAUUUCGUUUGGUGACAUUAAUGAGUCUGUAAAGGCAAUGAAAACACAUUGUCGGGAAAACAUCCUUUUCGAUCUCAGGGGAUGCGGCCACUUAGGAGUAAAUGCAAACAUAGCUCUCGAGGAAGUGGCUGAAGCAAUAGUAAGUAACGGAUACAAAGUGUUGAUGGUGGGGAAUCCAUCAAAUUUGUAUACUCAUUUGUUCAAAAGAUAUAUGAUUGGCCCAUCAUCAAUCACCCAAACGGGCAAAUGA